AUGAGCGAUACUCUCGAUAAAGAGGAAACACAGGUCCACCCUGAUUCGGGUGUGUCAACAAAUGAAGGGCAACAAACAUCGAUAACAUCCACACCUGUACCAACAACCACUGAUGGUGUUGCAGCUCAAUCUCAGCAAACUCGCGAAUCAGGAGAUGCUGGUCCGGUGGACCAAGAAGUAGAGAAGGAUGCGGGCCAGGAAGAUCAAAACAAUGCCGUAGCCGCAACAAGUGAAGAAGAAGAGGUAAAUGCAAGUACAGCUCGGCAGAAUCAGGUUGAGCAUCAAGAUACUGCAAACACUGCGGAUGACAACGAAGUAGAACAACCGGCCAAUCAGAAUAUAAUCAACCUAGAAGAGCAUGGUCUGAAUCUAGAUGACGAAGAAGGGUUUGAUCCAGCCACUCUAGCGAACUUAGCUGCAUUAUCUAGAAUAGCCAACGAAGAAGGUGACGAGGAUGGUGAAGGGGAAGAUAACAACCAGGAUCAAAAUCGAGAUCAGGAUCAGGAUCAACAAGAUAACGAUGCGUUGGAAGUACAUUCGCCAAGGCAUGAUGGACCGUUGACUAGGGAGCAGGUUCAGGAAUUUGUCAAUAAUCUAAGUCAUCAGAAAUCGCAGGACAAGGAAAAUGAGGAUGAAAACGAUAAAAAUAAAGAUAGAGAUGAAGAGGAGAGAGAUCAGCGAGAAGAUGAAGAUCCAGAGAUAGAGGAAAAGCAAGAUGAUAAGUUGAAAGAAAUUGAUCAGAAUGAUGAGUCGAAGAAUAAGAAUAAGAACAAGGAUAGAAAACAGGCAGACGAAGAGUAUGAAGAUGAGAAUGAGAAGAAUGAUAUUGGAUCGGGGGCCAAACAGAAACGAAAGAGGAAUAGGACCGUCUUGAGUUGUACAGAAACGUACGUAUCAUUUCCUAUUGUCCAACACACUAUCAAACUCACUGACAUAUCAUCUCCGAUACUAUCACAUAUAGAGCAUUGCGAUCGUAAUAUACCUUGUAGCAGAUGUAUCAAACGAGGUGUUCCCGGAAUGUGCAGAAUGGAACAUCCAGUCCUUCCACAGCGGAAAAAACGGAAGGUACAAGAUGACGAAGAUAUCAAUUACGAGCUUGGUCUUCGAGUACAAGCGCUGGAAUCCCUCUUACGUUCCGGAUCUCUGAUGGAUGCCGAUCAAGCCUCUGCAGCAGCUAAGGAGACUAUCAUGCAUGCUACACGAGCUGCUAAUGCCGGUUCUCAAGAUGCCAAUAAUGCUUUAGCCCAACUAACACAAAGUGUAGCUGUUAGUGGAGGAAUAGGUGGAUUGAGUCAGGAUGCUCAGUCGAGUCUGCUCUUGGAUGUCUUACAGCAGCUCACUGCGGCGAGUAUGGGGAGGCCAUUGGACCAGAAUGGGGCUGCUGAAGGUAGUAAUCGUAGAGGAUUGGAGGUUUGGUCUGCUAUACCAACAGCAUCUCAGGAGACAUCCGUGGCAAUUGCAUCAGCAUACGAGAACGACGAGGUUGGCGUGAAAAUCAACCUCUCUUUACCUGGUUUCAGAGAAGACAACGGAAAGAUCUUCAUACCUCCUACAGUAAGAUACGUAGAGAAGAACUUGCGGAACGAAAACAUCCUCGCUAGAGAGGCACUACCAAUAGAAGGGUAUUCACCGUUCUUAGAUGCUGGUACAAAGUUUGCAUAUGGGUCGGAAAGUCAGGCUUAUCGACAUCGUAGAAUCGCUUCUAUACAAGCUUUCUCUUUGACCGGAGCGCUCAGAUUAGCAGCGACUUUCCUAUCACGCUUCCCUCCUGUUCCAGGAACCAAGUCGGUCUUCGUACCUUCUCCUACGGCAGACGAAGAUACAACUGCCUUACAGGACUCAGGUUUGGAAAUACGUUCUUUCCGAUUCCUAGAUUACAAGACUGGUGGAGUAGACUGGGAAAGUCUGAGAGAGGAUUUACAGGAUGCACCCCCGAAAUCUGUCGUGUUGAUACAGGUUAGCGGGAGUAUGCCCAGUGGAGCGGAGUUGACUACCAACCAGUGGAGAUUGUUAGCCGCAUUAUUACAGGAGCGAGAGUUGAUACCUUUAGUGAUGAUGGCUUAUCAAGGAUUAUCGACGGGAGAUACGAACCGAGAUGCUCAGGCAUUGCGAUUUAUGGUACAUGAGGGAUUACCAGUAGUAUUGGUCCAGAGUUUUGAUGCAAUGAUGGGAUUAUACGGCGAUAGUCCAUCGAUCGUUUCGAUCGUCACUCAGAAUGCGGAAGACAGGGAUAGAGUAGAUUCCCAAUUACGUUCAGUAGCUAGGGGAAUGUGGUUCCAUCCUUCUCCUUGGGGUGCUCAGGUGGCUCAUCAGAUUUUGUCGGAUGCGAAGCUGUACCCUGCUUGGCUCGCCGAGAUUAAAGCUAUGUCUGAUCGAUUACGAAGUGUGCGAGAGAAAUUGUACGACCUCCUUGCCAAUAAAUUGAAAACACCUGGUUCAUGGAUACAUCUCAAAAGGGCUAGUGGGAUGUAUUGUACUGCUCUUCUCCCUCCUUCUCAAGUCGACGCAUUAACAUCCAAACGACACGUCCAUUUACUUCCCGAUGGAUGUUUCAACCUCGGUUGUCUAAAUGCUACCAAGAUUGAUAUACUUGCUCGAGCGAUCGAUAAUGUCGUAAGAGAAGGAAUCAAGGAGAUGGAAGAGCAACAGGCACAACGUCUAGCUAUGGAGUUAGCCCUGGCAGCGGCAAAGGAACAACAGGCGAGAGAAGAGGCCGAAGCGUUAGAAUUGGCUGCUCAAGCUUUGAGAGAGGAAGAUACGUUAUUGAUGGAACGAUCUAUUGCAAAUGCCAUUGAGAGACAGAGGAUUGCAGAGAUGGAAGAAGAAAGAGAUAGACAGACGGAUGAGAAACAACGAGAGAUUGAUAGGAGAGCUGCGGAAAGGGCGGAAAUCGCUAAACAGGCUGAAGCGAUCUUGGCUAGUCUGCAACCUCCUAACCAUAAUGGUGGUGGGGUGGGUCAUUAG